UCACUUUUCAGUACCGCUUUUCAAAUAAUAAACUUGGGGCAAGAAGAAGAGGGAAAGUCAGUAAACAAUGGCGAUUACGAGGAGCACAAUAUCCAUGGAACAACCCCAAUACACUCCUCUUCUUUCUCAUACAUCUUCUACUACUGCAGAACAAAACCAUAAUCCAAUCAACAAUAACAAUGAACAACAACACCAACAACAACAACCUAUUUCUACUGAAUCAGUUUCAAAUUAUGAGCAAACCAGAGAACUAAGAAUCAAAGAGAACCGUGAACGUUUACAGAAACUCGGCAUUGUUGAUCUCUCCCUUCAACUUAAAACCAUUGCUUCUACUAAACGAACUCCUAGAAAUUCUCACAGAAAAACACCCGUAAAGUCUCCGUCUUUGGGUUCUACUGACCCUCCUCGUCGUUCUUCAAGGCUGCAAAAUGUGCCACUGGUGACCUACACCGAGCCAAAGGAGGAUAAAUCAAAGAGAUCUAAGGAUGUUGUGUUGGAAGAGGGGGCAAAGCCUGAGUUUUAUACUGAAGAGCAUGAGAAGCUGUUGGGGGAUACUGAGAUGCCCUGGACCUUUUUUGUUGAUGGAUGUAGAGUGGAUGGAACCCGAAUUUAUGAUCCCAUUAAUGGGAAGACUUGCCAUCAGUGCCGGCAGAAGACUCUUGGGCAACGUACUCGCUGCUGCCAAUGCAAUCUCGUUCGAGGACAGUUUUGUGGGGAUUGUCUUUUAAUGAGGUAUGGUGAGCAUGUUGUGGAAGCCAAUCAAAACCCGAAUUGGAUUUGCCCACCUUGUCGUGGGAUUUGCAACUGCAGCUUGUGCCGCAUAGCAAAAGGAUGGGUUCCAACUGGGGCUAUCUACAAAAGGAUCAAGAAUUUAGGAUUCAAAUCAGUGGCUCAUUAUCUUAUUAUGACAAAACGGGCUCCACCCGAAUCAGAAGUAAGUUCUGAUGCUCCGCAAUCGGCAAAAAGAGCUCUCCCUUUUGAGGGCAUGGAGAUAACUAACGAUAAUGGUUCUGACGACAAAGCGAUGGUUGUAUACACUGAAAUCAACCCACAAUCUGAAUUUGAUUCUACAACUGUUGUUGAGUCAGCUUCAAGUUCAGGAGAUAUUGGAAGACCGAUAAUGGAGUCUAAAACCGAAGAAAUUGGUGCUGCUGGAAAAUCAGUGAGAAAAAGCGACGAGUCAGAAUCUAAGCCGAGGAGAGUUGGAAGACCACGGAAGAGACCAAAGAAAGAAAAUACUGAUGCUGUAGAAGAAUCACUGAGAAUCAGUGCUGAAUCAGACAGAGCGAGGGCGGGGUCUCAAAAAGGACAUAUCGAUGCUGGUGUGGAAUUUGGGGAAGUAAUUGGAACCGCAAAACCUGAGCCUAUUUCUGACAUGAAUAGUCCGAAUACGUCUACGUUUUUUGAUGAGUCAAACUCCGAAUUUGUCAGAAGAUCAACUAGUAGUUCUACGAAAGAAAAUGAUGGUCUUGAGGACUCCGAGAAAACAAGUGUGACUACUAGAGAUGGACCUGUUUCCACCAUGGAGAAAUCAAACGAUUCAGAUUCUAAGGCCGAUAUAUUGCUGGAAGACUAACAGUUUGUUAUGCGGUAUUAGCCCCUCUUCUCAAGUGCAAGUUUCUUGCUCGAUACAGGUUACAUUUUGUUAAGGAUAACCAAUUUUGUGACACGCUUGAAUGAACUAUUUUUGGGGGUUGAAUGAAUGUAUCACGUGGAACUUAAAAGGGUUGAUCAUGAAGUAUUGAUUGUGACGCGCUUGAAUGAACUAUUUUUGGGGGUUGAAUUAAUGUAUCACGUGGAACUUAAAAGGGUUGAUCAUGAAGUAUCGGUUGUAAUGUAAUUGUAUACGCAAAUUGUAGAUCUUAUGGAAAGCUAACUACUCCCGUCUCUUAAUGUUCGUUUGCUCCAUUAACCUACUCUUCCGAGUGCUUUUGAAUGAAAUGGGGUAUACAUUGAGAGGACGGUAGGAGUAAUUGUAUCGAAGUACUUAAACGAUGUGCUCGUUGCUACAAUGCGCUCUUUAAAAUGUAUCAUUUGAGCCUUUGCUUCUC